CACUCUGAGAGAGUGUUCUCUGGCGGAGAUGCAGGUAUCUGACGAUGUUACCCUCGGCCUCUCCUUCCUUGGCUCUAACAUGAUCACAGACGACGGGACAACCGCCCUUGUCCAGGCUGCCUUUGCCGUCCUCACCAAGAAGCUGGACGAGUCGGCCAUCUACGGCUCGGCUGCGCUGGGAGAGGUCGACCCUGCGGCACUCAAGCAGAUGUACCACGCCCUGACGGCGGUGAUUCUCGAGGGUGCCAAGCGCAAUCUCGAUGCUGACGUCGCAUGCGCACCGCUGGAGGAGGCGGGCGUGCCUGAGGCGCGCAUUAACGCCUUCUCCACACUCUACGGCAAGUGCCUCGGCAUGCUCCGCGAGAUCUUGUUCUCGGCCGGCUUCAACUACCCGCACGUUGUCGACGCCCAGUGGCGCCUCGACUACGUGAUCAAGGACUCGAACCUCGAGAAAAUCGACGAGAUCCACUACGCCGUCGCCCUCAUCACCGAGAACGGCGGCGACUUUGAGGACGAGCUCCUCGCCGGUAACCCGGCCACUCUUGACGGUAUCGUCAAGCUCGGCUCCGAAGCCUCCUCCUCCCACGUCGGCAACGGCACCGGCCGCAAGGUCGAGUUCACCUGCUCCCGCGAGCAGCUCGAAGACCUCGUCAUCACCCUCCGUGAUGCCACCAAGCAGAUGGAGCGCAUCAUCGAGGACGAGUAACACCUCCUCCCCACCCCCC